AUGACGUUAACCACUUCGUUUAAAUCGUACGCGUUUCGAAACUUUCAUAAUCAAUUCAGUACGCUGACGCGCAUCAUAAGAAAACUACCUAUAUCUGCAUCGAAAAUGACCAACGUCCAUGGGAUUUGUGCGAUUUUCUUCGAUCUGGACAAUACGCUGAUUCAAACGAGAAAAGGAGAUGAAAAAGCUUGCGAUAAGCUGACUGAACUUUUGAAAAAACAAUAUUCUCUACCUCAAGAAACUGCUGCGCAAAUAUGUAAAAAUUACUUAAAAAUGUUUAGAAAAUGUCCUGACAACUGUUCGAUGAGUCUUCACGAAUGGAGGCAAAUUCUGUGGAGGAAAGCGCUUGGAGAUAAUUAUCAACACUUAUCCAAUGUAAUAUAUUUCCAAUGGUUAGAACUUAGAUACAAAUACUUAUCCCUAACAACUGAUAUACGUAAUAUGCUGUUAUCCCUAGGCAAAAAAUACAUUCUAGUUCUAAUAACAAAUGGUACGUCCAACGCACAAUGGGAAAAAAUCGAUAAACUAAAUAUCAGACCGUUCUUCGAACACAUCGUAGUUUCAGGCGACCAUCCUUGGGAAAAACCUCAUCCGCAGAUAUUUCGGGAGGCGUGUCACGCCGUUGGAGUUGGACCCCAUCAGGUCAUAAUGGUGGGGGAUAAGUUGGAGACUGACAUAUUAGGAGGUGUUAACUCUAAACUGGCCGCCAAUAUCUGGACACCACUGGAAGGGCAGCUCUUGCAAGACGAAGGCCCCGUGCCAGAUUUUACUUUAGGUCACGUAACUGAAUUAUUGUUUUUAAUUCCCAAAAUUGCAAACGGAAUAAGAAGCAGACUCGACAUGUUGCAGCUGAGCGAUUUCGAAGAUGGAAAUAGUAAUAGCAGUGAUGGAAGUUGA